AUUUGGAUGCGCGUUGCUAGGCAUCUGUGGAACCUGGUAAAGAGGAAAAAAAAUUAAGAAUCAGAAGCAAUGAUCAUCCCCGUGCGAUGCUUCACCUGCGGAAAGGUGAUAGGCAACAAGUGGGAGGCUUAUCUUGGACUUCUUCAGGCGGAAUACACGGAAGGAGAUGCCUUGGAUGCGCUUGGUCUCAAGAGAUAUUGCUGCCGCAGGAUGCUGCUUGGGCACGUAGAGAUUGAGAAGUUACUUAAUUAUGCACCUUUAGAGAAGUAA